AUGAUUCACCCCAAUGCUGAGGUACCUCAAUUAUUACACAGCAAAAUUGAGACAAACAUUGCAUUUUCUACACUGCUCUCAACUGCUAUCAUUAUCGGUGUUUCAUUGUUAGACAUAUAUCAACGUGGUUCGCCCAACGUUUCGUCAUACCAUUUUAACCCUAUAGCUUUUGGUUUUCUCGCCGGUGAAGAGGUCAAAGCUGCUGGCGUUGGUAAUGCUGGACUCUACAAUCAACAUUUAGCAUUGGAGUGGGUCCAAAGACAUAUCUCAAGUUUCGGCGGAGACCCCACCAAAGUUCGGCUUCUCUCUUGCACGCUCCUACUUUCAUACCAACCUCUGAAUACCACUUGGGGACCAACAGUAGGCGGCGUUUUUCCUGAGGAGAUCAAUUUGACAAUCGCUUCCAACUGGAACAUAUGCCAAGACGAUGAAGGCACAACCGACCAAGUGUUCUUGGAUUCUGUAUCUUCCAACUUCUUGGUCGGCGUUGGACAGGACCAGAUUGACAGGGUCGGAGAACUGUACCCGGAAAAUCCUAUCGUGGAAAUGUCACUCCCUCGAGAAGUUCUUCGUAACCUGCGUAACUGGGCUCUCCCUUUCUUGUCGGCUCAAGUGGUACAAUAUGGUAAUCAGUUCUCUAUCCACCGUCCUCAAUACAGACGCAUCUCUGCCUUCCAGGGUGACUUCUACUUCCAGGGCCCUUGUCGUCACGCUUUGAGUUUCUUGACAGAAAGAUCAUUGCAUGAAAUUGAUCUUGGUGAAUUUUAUCAGUCGACUAACGCCUCGGAUUACGUUGGAGUUGAUGCGCUCAUCAACUUUGCAUACGAUGUUGACCCCAAUGUUUCUUCCAACGAGCUUCCUGCGGGGCAAUUACUAUCAUUCUGGGAUCUCAGUAUUUUCAACAUUACUCUGGAUGAUUAUAGGGCCGAGGCGAUGGAAUACUUGAGUUGCAUACAGAGUGAGAUGGAACUGAACACGGGACCAAACCUACUUUUAUCGGGAAACUCCGCGACACUGUCACCUGUGGGCCUUGACCAUGUUGCAUACUAUAUACUUCCCAGAUUCACACCACUAUCUCUACAUACGUCUGUGUCUAUCUCGCUAGACGUUGUACAUGUCGCUGUGAAAAAUGCUACAAUACCAGUUCAAAAUGUGGAGAUACCUCAUAUAACAAUUCUCAACAAACGAGCUAUGGUUGCUGCUCCGAGUCUCUGUCUACUCCCUCCUCCUCCUCAGACCCAAGCUCGCUCAAGCACGACAUUCCGACCUCCUCCUUUAGAUGGGUCUCUUACGUUCCCGCAAAUGUAUUCUUGGCAUCUCGAACAUACACCCGAUUACCGUCUGUUCGUCUACGUUCGUGAGGAUGGCAGUGUAAAGACUAUUUACUGGCCUGAGGCUGUAAAAGCCAUUUACACUGCAGCGCAUAUCAUCGGGAAUCGCAUACAGUGGAUUUCGUAUACGUCGGAGAGACCUGUAAUAGCGAUUCUUGCAGCUUCAGAUACGAUCCCAUACUUCAUUACGCUUACGAGUAUCAUGUGCACUAACUACAUAGCGUUCCCCAUCUCUCCCCGUAAUUCAGCCACAGCUAUAGCCCACCUCAUCAACGCAGUCGGAGUCAAACAUAUCCUUGUUGGGCGCGAGCAUACCCGUCUGUCCCAGCGCCUGCGCUGUCUCCGAUGCUACUUUUCGAAGACCUUUUCUUAUGGACUGAAGCAACUGCCAAUGAAGAAAUUUCCCUAUGAGUCCCAAGGACCUGAUGCAAUUGUUAUGAUCUUGCACUCAUCAGGCUCCACAGCGCAUCCUAAGCCAAUAUUCUGGACUAAUCAUCGCUUUGCGCAGUUGUCGCUAAUUCCGUGGUUCGGAGAGCGUGACCUCACGGAUAAAGUAUUCUCGCUACAUGGUGCCCAUGCAUCAUGCGGACUUGUCGUGAGUGCUUUCGAGCCCAAAUUCCCAACGCCGAUGCCAACGCCGGACGGAUUGUUCAGGGCUGCCAAGGCUACGGACAGCGAUGUCAUAUUCUGCGUUCUGACUUUCAUCGAGGUUUGGUCUCGUAGUCCUGAAUAUGUCAAAUGGCUCGCCACUCGCGGAGGAGUGCUCUUUGGUGGCGGACCUUUGAAUCAGGAAGUAGGAGAUAGCUUAACGGCAGCAGGAGUCAGCAUAUUCAACCUUUAUGGAUCGUGGAAUCAUGAGCACUAUGUUACCGGGUUAGCAGUCCUGUUUGAGGAAUACAUGGUCACUGUAACCUGCUACCCUACAGCUGAGGUCGGCCGCGACUGGAAUUAUUUCCGCUUUCCAGCUCUUGUUACACCCGAAAUGAUACCCAACGAUGACAACACAUUCGAACUUGUUAUGGUCGCAAACGAGUUUUGUCGGCCAAGUGUACUCAAUACCAAAGUCGGUGGGAUAGACGCCUACUCAACUUCGGAUCUUUUCAAAUCGCAUCCCACGAAAAGUGGAUACUGGAAAGUAUAUGGCCUCACAGAUGACCAAAUCAUGCAUUCUACAGGGGAGAAGGUCGGUGUGAUUGUGGAUCCGAAACCUGACUAUCGAUUUGAUCCAACUGAUGAACUUAAACUUUCUGAGUUCAGGAACAAAAUCUGGAUUUACGAACUCCUCGAUCUGUAUAGGCCAACAGUUGAGCAUAUGAACGAAUACGCACCUCAACGUUCAAGACUCUUCAAGGAGGCACUCUCCAAGCUCUCUAAACCGUUUACCUAUACCGCAAAGAGCACAGCUCGCAGGCAAGUCAUUAUCUCCGACUACGAUGAAGAGAUCAGUGCUCUUUAUGAUACGGUUGAAGAGAGUGCGCAGACCGCUAUCCCUCCACCACCUCAAUGGGAUAUCACCAUGACGGUCGUCAAGUUCAUCCGGCAGAUCGUUAUUGCUGUGAUGUCCACGGACGUUUCCGACGACGACGACAUCUUCCAGCGUGGCUGUGACAGUCUCCAAGCGACCUGGAUUCGAAAUUCUCUUCUGAGAGCUAUACGUGACACGACUCAAUUCGACGCUCGCAAGUUUGCUGGGAACUUUAUGUACAGCUAUCCCACUAUAGCAACUCUGACCACGUUUAUCACCAACUUACUAUCUGGAAACGAUGAUGGCGGCGAUAUAUCCCAUGCCCGGAUAGUAGACGAAAUGCGUACAAUGGUAUCAAAGUAUUCACAAAACUUUCUUGAUCACUGUCAUAAAGGCCAUGAAGCGAGCCACAGUGCUGAAAGGUCUGGGGGAUGCAUGGUGUUAUUAACAGGUUCAACUGGUGCUCUCGGCUGCUACCUCCUCGUUCAACUCAUCUCACAUCUGGACGUUUCGCGCGUGUAUGCUCUCAACAGGAAAAGUCCUAACGGAAAAACUCUGAUCCAACGACAAGAAGGGGCGUUACUUGAGGGUGGAUUCAAUAGCGAAAUAUUGCAAUCAAAGAAAAUCAUACUAUGUGAGGCAGACCUUGCCGCUGACUGUUUUGGGCUUCCUCAUGCCUCUUAUCAAGAGAUGCAAGGCUCGGUGACCCAUAUCAUUCACAAUGCUUGGAGUGUUGACUUCAACCUCACUCUGAAGACGUUCGAGAGUAACAUUAAGGGGCUGAGAAAUUUAAUUGAUUUCUCAUUGUCGUCAACUCUGUCAAGGCCAGCUCGAUUGUUGUACACCAGCUCAAUAGACACGGAUGCACAUGGUAACAGCGUCCUUGCAGAAAAACCUAUCGAGCCCGAAGCUGCUAUCGGAACGGGCUAUACCGAGUCGAAAUGGCUAUCUGGGGGGUUGAAUGGCGCCUGGAAUGUGAAUGAAUGGGUGCCUGCACUCAUUCAGAGCGGUAGUAUACUGGGGCUCUUACCCGACGAUCACAAACCAGUGUCGUGGAUUUCACUCGAUAUUGCAGCUUCGUCGCUUGUGGAAUUUUGCAUGUCUCUGAAUUUGCCUCCAGACCAUAUCGUUCACCUAGUUCACCCGCACCCUGUUCAUCGGUCCUCUCUGGCUAGUGUCGUAUCAUCAGAAUAUUCUGUGUCACUCGUAUCCUAUGCUGAAUGGCUGGCGGCGCUUGAGCAAAAAGCCGUCAUACUAUCGGAGAACGUAGACAAUAAGCAAAUUCCUGCCGAAGCCGGACUCCCAACACACCUACGUGUUCAGCGAUUGCUUCCCUUAUUCAGGCGACUUGCUGCGAAGGAAACCAGCUCAGAAGCAAUGGGUUUUGACUCACUGGAUAUUGCAGAAGCGGUUGCUUUAUCACCAACAUUGGCAGACCCUGUGCUUCCUCAGCUAGGUUCUGAAGAUGUUAAAGGUUGGCUCGCGUACUGGCGUAAGAAAGGCUUACUGCCAGCAUCUUUUUCAUAUCGUCAGAUUCUGGAGAAUGGGAACGAUGGCACACUUCUUGCAUUACCUGGUACAACAGCCUGGAAUGCAUGA